AUGCUCUCCCCGGACGCCCCGGAGCGUCGCGAUGCUCACUUUGGCCGCCCCAGAGCAACGCGAUGCUGUCCCCGGACGCCCCAGACCGUCGCGAUGCUCUCCCCGGACGCCCCGGAGCGUUGCGAUGCUCUCCCCAGCCGUCCCGGAGCGUCGCGAUGCUCUCUUUGGCCGCCCCAGAGCGUCGCGAUGCUCUCCCCGGACGCCCCAGAGCGUCACGAUGCUCUCCCCAGCCGCACCGGAGCGUCGCGAUGGUCUCCCCGGCCGCCUCAGCGCGUGGCGAUGCUCUCCCCGGACACCCCGGAGCAUCGCGAUGCUCUCCUCGGACGCACCAGAGCGUCGCGAUGCUCUCUCCGGACGCCCCAGAGCGUCGCAAUGCUCUCCCCGGCCGCCCCGGAGCGUCGCGAUGCUCUCCCCAGCCGCUUCGGAGCGUCGCGAUGCUCUCCCCGGACGCCCCGGAGCGUCGCGAUGCUCUCACCGGACGCCCCAGAGCGUCGCGAUGCUCUCCCCGAACGCCCCGGAGCGUCGCGAUGCUCUCUUCGGACGCCCCGGAGCGUCGCGAUGCUCUCCCCGGACGCCCCAGAGCGUCGCGAUGCUCUCCCCGGACGCCCGGGAGCGUCGCGAUGCUCUUCCCGGACGCCCCGGAGCGUCGGUAUGCUCUCCCUGGAUGCCUCGGAGCGUCGCAUGGCUCUCCCCGGACGCCCCAGAGCGUCGCAAUGCUCUCCCCGGCCGCCCCAGAGCGUCGCGCUGCUCUCCACGGACGCCCCGGAGCGUCACGAUGCUCUCCCCAGCCGCCCCGGAGCGUCGCGAUGCUCUCCCUGGACGCCCCAGAGCGUCGCGAUGCUCUCCCCAGCCGCACCGGAGCGUCGCGAUGCUCUCCCCGAACGCCCCAGAGCGUCGCGAUGCCCUCCCCGGAUGCCCCAGAGCGUCGCGAUGCUCUCCCCGGACGCCCCAGAGCGUCGCGAUGCUCUCCCUGGCCGCCCCGGAGCGUCGCGAUGCUCUCCCCAGCCGCCCCGAAGCGUCGCGAUGCUCUCCCCGGACGUCCCGGAGCGUCGCGAUGCUAUCCCCAGCCGCCCCGGAGCAUCGCGAUGCACUCCCCCGAUGCCCCAGAGCGUCGCGAUGCUCUCCUUGGACUCCCGGGAGCGUCACGAUGCUCUCCCCGGACGCCCCGGAGCGUCGCGAUGCUCUCUUUGGCCGCCCCAGAGCGUCGCGAUGCUCUCCCCGGACGCCCCGGAGCGUCGCGAUGCUCUCCCCGGACGCCCUGAGCGUCGCGAUGCUCUCCCCAGACGCCCCAGAGCGUUGCGAUGCUCUCCACGGACGCCCCAGAGCGUCGCCAUGCUCUCCCCGGACGCCACGGAGCGUCGCGAUGCUUUCCCCGGACGCCCCGGAGCGUCGCGAUGCUCUCCCCGGACGCCCCAGAGCGUCGCGAUGCUCUCCCCGGACGCCCCAGAGCGUCGCGAUGUUCUCCCCAGCCGCCCCGGAGCGUCGCGAUGCUCUCCCUGGACGCCCCCGAGCGUUGCGAUGCUCUCCCCGGACGCCCUAGAGCGUCGCGAUGCUCUCCCCGGCCGCCCCGGAGCGUCGCGAUGCUCUCCUCGGACGCCCCGGAGCGUCGUGAUGCUCUCCCCGGACGCCCCGGAGCGUCGCGAUGCUCUCCCCGGACGCCCCAGAGCGUCGCGAUGCCCUCCCCGGACGCCCCAGAGCGUUGCGAUGCUCUCCCCAGCCGCCCCGGAGCGUCGCGAUGCCCUCCCCGGACGCCCCAGAGCGUCACGAUCCUCUCCCCGAACGCCCCUGAGUGUUGCGAUGCUCUCCCCUGCCGCCUUGGAGCGGCGCGAUGCUCUCCCCAGCCGCCCCGGAGCGUCGCGAUGCUCUCCCCGGAUGCCCCUGAGCGUCGGAAUGCUCUCCCCGGACGCCCCGGAGCGUCGCGAUGCUCUCCCCGGACGCCCCGGAGCGUCGCGAUGCUCUCUUGGGCCGCCCCAGAGCGUCGCGAUGCUCUCCCCGGACGCCCCAGAGCGUCGCGGUGCUCUCCCCGGCCGCCCCGGAGCGUCGCGAUGCUCUCCCUGGACGCCCCGGAGCGUCGCGAUGCUCUCCCCGGACGCCCCGGAGCGUCGCGAUGCUCUCCCCGCACGCCCCAGAGCGUCGCGAUACCCUCCCCGGACGCCCCAGAGCGUUGCGAUGCUCUCCCCAGCCGCCCCGGAGUGUCGCGAUGCUCUCCCCGGACGCCCCAGAGCGUCGCGAUGCUCUCCCCGGACGCCCCAGAGUGUUGCGAUGCUCUCCCCGCCGCUGUGGAGCGUCGCGAUGCUCUCCCCAGCCGCCCCGGAGCGUCGCGAUGCUCUCCCCGGACGCCCCAGAAGCGUCGCGAUGCUCUCCCCGGACGCCCCAGAGCGUCGCGAUGCUCUUCCCGGCCGCCCCGGAGCGUCGCGAUGCUCUCCCUGGACGCCCCGGAGCGUCGCGAUGCUCUCCCCGGACGCCCCGAAGCGUCGCGAUGCUCUCCCCGCACGCCCCAGAGCGUCGCGAUGCCCUCCCCGGACGCCCCAGAGCGUUGCGAUGCUCUCCCCAGCCGCCCCGGAGUGUCGCGAUGCUCUCCCCGGACGCCCCAGAGCGUCGCGAUGCUCUCCCCGGACGCCCCAGAGUGUUGCGAUGCUCUUCCCGCCACCUUGGAGCGUCGCGAUGCUCUCCCCGGACGCCCCAGAGCGUCGCGAUGCCCUCCCCGGACGCCCCAGAGCGUCGCGAUGCUCUCCCCGGAAGCCCCAGAGCAUCGCGAUGUUCUCCCCAGCCGCCCCGGAGCGUCGCGAUGCUCUCCCCGGACGCCCCCGAGCAUUGCGAUGCUCUCCCAGGACGCCCCAGAGCGUCGCGAUGCUCUCCCCGGCCGCCCUGGAGCGUCGCGAUGCUCUCCCCGGACGCCCCGGAGCGUCGCGAUGCUCUCCCCGGACGCCCCGAGCGUCGCGAUGCUCUCCCCGGACGCCCCAGAGCGUCGCGAUGCCCUCCCCGGACGCCCCAGAGCGUUGCGAUGCUCUCCCCAGCCGCCCCGGAGCAUCGCGAUGCUCUCUCCGGACGCCCCAGAGCGUCGCGAUGCUCUCCCCGGACGCCCCAGAGUGUUGCGAUGCUCUCCCCGGCUGCUCCGGCGCGUCGCGAUGCUCUCCCCAGCCGCCCCGGAGUGUCGCGAUGCUCUCCCCGGACAAACAGAGCGUCGCGAUGCUGUCCUCGGACGCCCCGGAGCGUCGCGAUGCUCUCCCCCGGAGCGUCGCGAUGCUCUCUUGGGCCGCCCCAGAGCGUCGCCAUGCUCUCCCCGGACGCCACGGAGCGUCGCGAUGCUUUCCCCGGACGCCCCGGAGCGUCGCGAUGCUCUCCCCGGACGCCCCAGAGCGUCGAGAUGUUCUCCCCAGCCGCCCCGGAGCGUCGCGAUGCUCUCCCUGGACGCCCCCGAGCGUUGCGAUGCUCUCCCCGGACGCCCUAGAGCGUCGCGAUGCUCUCCCCGGCCGCCCCGGAGCGUCGCGAUGCUCUCCUCGGACGCCCCGGAGCGUCGUGAUGCUCUCCCCGGACGCCCCGGAGCGUCGCGAUGCUCUCCCCGGACGCCCCGGAGCGUCGCGAUUCCCUCCCCGGACGCCCCAGAGCGUCACGAUCCUCUCCCCGAACGCCCCUGAGUGUUGCGAUGCUCUCCCCUGCCGCCUUGGAGCGUCGCGAUGCUCUCCCCAGCCGCCCCGGAGCGUUGCGAUGCUCUCCCUGGACGCCCCUGAGCGUCGCAAUGCUCUCCCCGGACGCCCCGGAGCGUCGCGAUGCUCUCCCCGGACGCCCCGGAGCGUCGCGAUGCUCUCUUGGGCCGCCCCAGAGCGUCGCGAUGCUCUCCCCGAACGCCCCAGAGCGUCGCAGUGCUCUCCCUGGACGCCCCGGAGCGUCGCGAUGCUCUCCCUGGACGCCCCGGAGCGUCGCGAUGCUCUCCCCGGACGCCCAGGAGCGUCGCGAUGCUCUCCCCGCACGCCCCAGAGCGUCGCGAUACCCUCCCCGGACGCCCCAGAGCGUUGCGAUGCUCUCCCCAGCCGCCCCGGAGUGUCGCGAUGCUCUCCCCGGACGCCCCAGAGUGUCGCGAUGCUCUCCCCGGACGCCCCAGAGUGUUGCGAUGCUCUCCCCGCCGCCUUGGAGCGUCGCGAUGCUCUCCCCAGCCGCCCCGGAGCGUCGCGAUGCUCUCCCCGGACGCCCCAGAGCGUCGCGAUGCUCUCCCCGGACGCCCCGGAGCGUCGCGAUGCUCUCCCCGGACGCCCCGGAGCAUCGCGAUGCUCUCUUGGGCUGCCCCAGAGCGUCGCGAUGCUCUCCCCGGACGCCCCAGAGCGUCGCGAUGCUCUUCCCGGCCGCCCCGGAGCGUCGCGAUGCUCUCCCUGGACGCCCCGGAGCGUCGCGAUGCUCUCCCCGGACGCCCCGAAGCGUCGUGAUGCUCUCCCCGCACGCCCCAGAGCGUCGCGAUGCCCUCCCCGGACGCCCCAGAGCGUUGCGAUGCUCUCCCCAGCCGCCCCGGAGUGUCGCGAUGCUCUCCCCGGACGCCCCAGAGCGUCGCGAUGCUCUCCCCGGACGCCCCAGAGUGUUGCGAUGCUCUCCCCGCCACCUUGGAGCGUCGCGAUGCUCUCCCCAGCCGCCCCGGAGCGUCGCGAUGCUCUCCCCGGACGCCCCAGAGCGUCGCGAUGCUCUCCCCGGACGCCCCGGAGCGUCGCGAUGCUCUCCCCGGCCGCCCCGGAGCGUCGCGAUGCUCUCUUGGGCCGCCCCAGAGCGUCGCGAUGCUCUCCCCGGACGCCCCAGAGCUUCGCGAUGCUCUCCCCUUACGCCCCAGAGCGUCGCGAUGCUCUCCCCGGACGCCCCAGAGCGUCGCGUUGUUCUCCCCAGCCGCCCCGGAGCGUCGCGAUGCUCUCCCCGGACGCCCCCGAGCAUUGCGAUGCUCUCCCAGGACGCCCCAGAGCGUCGCGAUGCUCUCCCCGGCCGCCCUGGAGCGUCGCGAUGCUCUCCCCGGACGCCCCGGAGCGUCGCGAUGCUCUCCCCGGACGCCCCGAGCGUCGCGAUGCUCUCCCCGGACGCCCCAGAGCGUCGCGAUGCCCUCCCCGGACGCCCCAGAGCGUUGCGAUGCUCUCCCCAGCCGCCCCGGAGCAUCGCGAUGCUCUCCCCGGACGCCCCAGAGCGUCGCGAUGCUCUCCCCGGACGCCCCAGAGUGUUGCGAUGCUCUCCUCGGCUGCCCCGGCGCGUCGCGAUGCUCUCCCCAGGCGCCCCGGAAGCGUCGCGAUGCUCUCCCCGGACGCCCCAGAGCGUUGCGAUGCUCUCCCCGGACGCCCCAGAGCGUCGCGAUGCUCUCCCCAGCCGCACCGGAGUGUUGCGAAGCUCUCCCCGAACGCCCCAGAGCGUCGCGAUGCUCUCCCCGGACGCCCCAGAGCGUCGCGAUGUUCUCCCCAGCCGCCCCGGAGCGUCGCGAUGCUCUCCCCGGACGCCCCCGAGUGUGGCGAUGCUCUCCCCGGACGCCCCAGAGCGUCGCGAUGCUCUCCCCGGCCGCCCCGGAGCGUCACGAUGCUCUCCCCGGACGCCCCGGAGCGUCGCGAUGCUCUCCCCGGACGCCCCGGAGCGUCGCGAUGCUUUCCCCGGACGCCCCAGAGCGUUGCGAUGCUCUCCCCGGACGCCCCAGAGCGUCGUGAUGCUCUCCCCAGCCGCACCGGAGUGUCGCGAUGCUCUCCCCGAACGCCCCAGAGCGGCGCGAUGCUCUCCCCGGACGCCCCAGAGCGUCGCGAUGUUCUCCCCAGCCGCCCCGGAGCGUCGCGAUGCUCUCCCCGGACGCCCCCGAGUGUUGCGAUGCUCUCCCCGGACGCCCCAGAGCGUGGCGAUGCUCUCCCCGGCCGCCCCGGAGCGUCGCGAUGCUCUCCCCGGACGCUCCGGAGCGUCGCGAUGCUCUCCCCGGACGCCCCGGAGUGUCGCGAUGCUUUCCCCGGACGCCCCAGAGCGUCGCGAUGCUCUCUCCGGACGCCCCAGAGCGUCGCGAUGCUCUCCCCAGCCGCCCUUGAGCGUCGCGAUGCUUUCCCCGGACGCCCCAGAGCGUCACGAUGCUCUCUCCAGACGCCCCAGAACGUCGCGAUGCUCUCUGCGGACGCCCCGGAGCGUCGCGAUGCUAGCCCCGGACGCCCGAGAGCGUCGCGAUCCUCUCCCUGGACGCUCCAGAGCAUCGCGAUGCUCUCCCUGGCCGCACCGGAGCGUCGCAAUGCUCUCCCCGAACGCCCCAGAGUGUCGCGAUGCUCUCCCCGGACGCCCCAGAGCGUCGCAAUGUUCUCCCCAGCCGCCCCGGAGCGUCGCGAUGCUCUCCUCGGACGCCCCCGAGCGGUGCGAUGCUCUCCCCGGACGCACCAGAGGGUCGCGAUGCUCUCCCCGGCCGCCCCGGAGCGUCGCGAUGCUCUCCCCGGACGCCCCAGAGCGUCCCGAUGCUCUCCCCGGACGCCCCCGAGCGUCGCGAUGCUCUCCCCGGACGCCCCACAGCGUCGCGAUGCUCUCCCCAGCCGCCCCAAAGCGUCGCGAUGCUCUCCCUGGCCGCCCCGGAGCGUCGCGAUGCUCUCCCCAGACGCCCCGGAGCGUCGCGAUGCUGUGCCCAGCCGCCCCGGAGCGUCGCGAUGCUCUCCCCGGACGCCCCAUAGCGUCGCGAUGCUCUCCCCGGACGCCCCGGAGCGUCGCGAUGCUCUGUCCGGACGCCCCGGAGCGUCGCGAUGCUCUCCCUGGACGCCCCAGAGCGUCGCGAUGCUCUCCUCGGACGCCCCAGAGCAUCGCGAUGCUCUCCCUCGACGCCCCAGAGCGUUGCGAUGCUCUCCCCGGACGCCCCAGAGCGUUGCGAUGCUCUCCCCAGCCGCACCGGAGUGUCGCGAUGCUCUCCCCAGACGCCCUAGAGCGUCGCGAUGUUCUCCCCAGCCGCCCCAGAGCGUCGCGAUGCUCUCCCCGAACGCCCCCGAGCGUUGCGAUGUUCUCCCGCUUUCCAUCACCCCGCCCCAUUCUCCCGCUUUCCAUCACCCCGCCCCAUUCUCCCUCCUUCCAUCACCCCGCCCCAUUCUCCCGCCUUCCAUCAACCCGCCCCAUUCUCCCGCUUUCCAUCACCCCACCCCAUUCUCCCGCUUUCCAUCACCCCGCCCCAUUAUCCCGCUUUCCAUCACCCCGCCCCAUUAUCCCGCUUUCCAUCACCCCGCCCCGUUCUCCCGCUUUCCAUCACCCCGCCCCAUUCUCCCGCUUUCCAUCACCCCACCCCGUUCUCCCGCUUUCCAUCACCCCGCCCCAUUCUCCCGCUUUCCAUCACCCCGCCCCAUUCUCCCGCUUUCCAUCACCCCGCUUCAUUCUCCCGCUUUCCAUCACCUCGCCCCAUUCUCCCGCUUUCCAUCACCCCGCCCCAUUCUCCCUCCUUCCAUCACCCCGCCCCAUUCCCUCCUUCCAUCACCCCGCCCCAUUCUCCCGCUUUCCAUCACCCCACUCCAUUCUCCCUCCUUCCAUCACCCCACCCUAUUCUCCCUCCUUCCAUCACCCCGCCCCAUUCUCCCGCUUUCCAUCACCCCGCCCCAUUCUCCCUCCUUCCAUCACCCCGCCCCAUUCUCCCGCUUUCCAUCACCCCGCCCCAUUCUCCCGCUUUCCAUCACCCCGCCCCAUUCUCCCGCUUUCCAUCACCCCGCCCCAUUCUCCCGCUUUCCAUCACCCCGCCCCAUUCUCCCGCUUUCCAUCACCCCGCCCCAUUCUCCCGCUUUCCAUCACCCCGCCCCAUUCUCCCGCUUUCCAUCAACCUGCCCUAUUCUCCCGCUUUCAAUCACCCCGCCCCGUUCUCCCGCUUUCCAUCACCCCACCCCAUUCUCCCGCUUUCCAUCACCCCGCCCCAUUCUCCCUCCUUCCAUCACCCAGCCCCAUUCUCCCUCCUUCCAUCACCCCGCCCGAUUCUCCCGCUUUCCAUCACUCCGCCCCAUUCUCCCGCUUUCCAUCAACCCGCGCCAUUCUCCCGCUUUCCAUCACCCCGCCCCAUUCUCCCGCUUUCCAUCACCCCGCCCCAUUCUCCCGCUUUCCAUCACCCCACCCCAUUCUCCCUCCUUCCAUCACCCCGCCCCAUUCUCCCUCCUUCCAUCACCCCGCUUCAUUCUCCCACUUUCCAUCACCCCGCCCCAUUCUCCCGCUUUCCAUCAACCCGCCCCAUUCUCCCGCUUUCCAUCACCCCACCCCGUUCUCCCGCUUUCCAUCACCUCGCCUCAUUCUCCCGCUUUCCAUCACCCCAAGGAGAUGGAAGGAGGGAAUGGGGCGGGGUGA